AUUCUUGCUUCGAUCUGUCAUCGUGCGGGUUCGGUGGCAGCAGCAGCAGCAGGCCACAGUUUGACGUUCAAAUUCGCGCCAAACUGGUGCGUGGUGCAACAGCGACACAACACACGCACGCACACGAUCAUCAGCUUCGCCGGAACGGACGGGAGCGUGUUGCGUGUGUGUAAACAAGGGUUGCGAUCGUAAAAAGGAAAAAGAGCGAAACGAUGGCCACCGGCGAUAAUAAACUGUUGCUUCAGCUUGUUCAAAAGCUAGGCCUCGCCCACUAUGAGUCCCUUGCGCCUAAAGCGACGGAACUGCAGCGCCUGCUGGAGAUACGCUCGUCCAGCGGCAUGAUGAGCAGUCUGGGCGAUUACGCCAAGGCAACGAUCUGUAUCGACCUUGCCUCCAGCCUGCUCGGACUGCCGUUCGACACCGACACGGCGAUGAAGCUGUCCGGCCUGAGGAAAACGGCGUACGCGAACGGGCGCCGCACGCUGGAAAAGGUGCUGGACAUUAACAAAACGCUCGGCAUCGGGGAGAUUUGUGUGCAGGUGGGCGUUACCCAGGUGCAGCAGGAAGCGGCCACACUGCUCGAAGCGUACAAGCAGUACGCCGGACAGGGCGGCGCCGGGAUCGAUUUUAGCCACCCGCAGUACGCGACGAUGGCCGUGUUUCAGGCGUGCAAGCGGCAGAAGGUGAAACCGCCCAAAACGAAGCUGCUACCGUUCAGCCAUCUCAAGCCGGCCCAGUGGAGCAUGCUGGAGAAGAAUUGGGAGAAAUUUCUCGCCACCGGUGCGGCCGAUAUGGGACCGAAGGGUGCGAAUACCAGGGGCGUUGUGGUGAAGGAGCUGGCAGCAAGGGGCGAAGAGGAGCAGGCCAAUGGUGGUGGGAGCAGUGCGGCACGGAAGCACGCGAGUCCGGAAAAGAUCGAACCGUACCAGAGCUGGAAGAAACGGAUGCUCGAGAAGGCGUACCGGGAGCUGGAGCUGCAACGGGGCAGUGGGUAAAUGUCCCUCUUCUUAACCCCCCCGGGAAUCAUCAUUCCACGAUGGGAGAUGUUUUUUUACGCUUAGAGGUGUGUUGUUUCGAGGACGCAAUGUUAGUGUUUGCACUGUGCCAAUACAUACCCAGAUAUUAUUUACCGUGAAUUGUUAAGACCCUAGCUUUAAGUAAGGUGCACAUUUGUAUACAUAAUUAGGUAAUAAAAAAAUCGAAUGCUCAAACAGGAAA